UGAGCUCAUAGGACAGAGAAGCGAGGAGAAUGUACGGUUAUGUACAGUACGUGUAACCUACCUGCAGGCAGGCAGCAGUCAUUAGUGCAUGCAGUGUCUGCCUAAGGUAACCUGAGCUGCUGUGCAACCAGUCCCUUCGUCCAGAAGCGAGCCUCACUUCAUUGCUUUCAAAUUUUGUCUUUCCUGCUCUUCCUUGAAGGAAUCUUCGGCCUACGUGACCAUGAUCACUCCUCACAGGUCCAACCUGACACUGGGGGCCUAUCUAUUGGGCACAAUCUAAAGCGAGGUCUACCGUACGACAAAGGUCAAAGUCCGAGAAUGACAUCUUCUGAGGAGUCCAGUGAUACCACUCACGGCAAUGAUGCGUGCGGCGCGGCAUGGAGCUCGCUUGUGCGUCGCAGCUUGGAGGCGUGGCAAGCACUCGACGGGUCCGAGACGAACCUACCUGCAAUUGCGGUGUCCGACUUGCAAGAGUACGCGACUCUAGAUGCCUUCUUAUCUGGAGUUGCCAUGGGCAGCGGGAUCUUCUUUUGGUUUUUCCAGCGGAGGGAACCAUUCCUAGCACAAAAGACAAUGGCCAAAUGGAGCAAGGAUCGUCUAGACGAUUACAUCCUUCUUCCAGCCAUGAUGGGUUUCGUGCUUCGGAGGGAAUGCUUCUUCGUCAGCCACUUCUGGCAGUCGAAAGAUGACCCUGAUCCUGGCGGCAAAUACUUGCGCCUUCAUCAGAGAGAAUUACGGCCACAGGCUUGGUCGUACAUCUGGAUCGAUUGGACUUGUAUGCCCCAAGAGCCCCGGACCAAGAGUGAAGAGGCAUAUUUCGAACGGGCUCUGCAACGCAUGCCCUUCAUCAUUCAAAACUGCGGGUUUGCAUGGUUCUACCCGCCCUUCGAACCACGGCUGUGGAUCUUGUACGAAAUCGCCCAAUUCAUCCUCACAUGUUCCGGCGAGCUUCCGCCAGUUGAAGACAUUAAAGAGUUUAGGGAUCACGUCAAUGAGAUGGUCCAGACUGGGGUGCGCUCGACUCUGCAGCUUCUCGUUCUCUUGAAGAGACUACCCGUCGACAUUAUCCAGUUAAGGCGGAUUGUGGAUUCCCUCACUUGGUUUAGUCCUACGGCCUCCCUAUUUACGCCGACCCCGAACGGUUGGUUGGAGAUCCAUCGGGACAAGGGGACGUUGCGUCUAGGAGAUGAUGAAUACUCUUUUACGCCAUUUCCUACAUGGGUAAGCUGGCUCCUGUCGUGACCGCUCUUCAUUCUAGUACUAAGUAAGCAUAUUGAUGCCAAACAGCAAAACGGUAAAUUCUCUACUACGAAUCCCAAGCCCCAACCAAGCACCACACCUGCAUAGCAAUACUUAUUUA